UUUUAGUCCUGUGGGUGGGAUAGAACUCGGGUUUUCAGCACCGCAUUCAUUUAAAUAUUCACAAGAUUCUGUCGGGUGUUUGGGUUGACGAGGAAAAUCUUGCCGCCGCCGCCAAAACUCUGAUUUUUUAUUUUUAUUUUUUUCCGUACUUUUUCCAACUAUCAACUCAACGCCGUCAUCACUUGCACGAGGCACUCAUAUUUUGCUUGUCUACUACGUUUUCAAGUCGCUCGUUUAGCCGUAUAAAUAUCCUUUUUAUCCCAGAAGACCAAAGAGAACAGUCCUUUUCCGGUGCACCAACAAUGGAUUUCGCCGACGGUGAGACGGAUUUAUACAAUGUUUUGAACAUCGACAAAUCUGCAACGAAAGAGGAAAUACGGAAGGCUUAUCGAAAGGCAGCCCUCGCCCACCAUCCUGAUAAGGUCUCUCCAGAUGAAAGAGAGGCGGCCGAAGUACGCUUUAAAGCCGUGAGCCAGGCUUACGAUAUCCUCUAUGACGAUGAGAAAAGGCACAUCUACGACACUCAUGGAAUGUCAGCGUUUGACGGGUCGGGACGGGCUGGUAUGCAAGGCGGCCCCGAUCUCGAUGACCUCCUCGCAUCGAUGUUUGGCGGGGGAAUGAACAUGGGAGGAGGCAUGCCGGGAUUUGGCGGGCCAAGACCUAGCAGGCCAAGAAAGGGUCAAAACGAGGUACAAGAGUACUCAGUGAGUUUGGAAGACUUAUACAAGGGUCGAACCGUCAAAUUUUCAAGCACGAAAAAUGUCAUCUGCAGUCUAUGUAAAGGGAAAGGUGGAAAAGAAAGGGCCACACCAAAACAAUGUUCUACUUGCGGGGGCGCUGGGUACAAGGAAACACUUGUCCAAGUUGGGCCGGGCAUGGUCACUCAGGCCAUGGCGGAAUGUAAGGUGUGUGAAGGCUCCGGGAGCUUCUUUCAGCCGAAGGACAAAUGCAAGAAAUGCAAGGGGAAACAAGUCACAGAAGAGCGCAAGCUGCUCGAAAUAUAUAUUCCUCGUGGCGCGAAACAAGGUGACAAGAUCGUAUUAGAGGGAGAGGGAGACCAAUUUCCAAACACAGAACCAGGAGAUAUUAUAUUCCACUUGGAGGAAAUCGAGCACGAAACGUUCCGACGAGCCGGUGCGGAUCUAAUGGCCGAGAUUCAAAUCACGCUAGCUGAGGCGCUUUGCGGCUUUUCCCGCGUAGUGCUGAAGCACCUCGAUGGAAGAGGGAUCGAAAUCACCCAUCCUAAAACAGAAGGCGCUGUUUUGAGACCUAAUCAAGUCCUCAAAGUCCCAGGGGAGGGCAUGCCUUUUAAAAAGACUGAUUCGAGAGGCGAUUUGUAUUUGGCCGUCCAAAUCAAGUUCCCAGAGGAUGGGUGGGCUUCAGACCCCGCAGCCCUUGCAAAGCUGCGCGAUAUUCUUCCCGGACCAGGCCCUGCCAUCCAGGCUGAGACAGUAGAUGAUGUCGAGUAUGAUCCAAAAGCGAACCCUGAGGAGUUCGGAUCCAAAGAUAGCCAGGGAGGUGCAGCCUGGGAGGAUGAAGAUGAAGAGGAGGGAGGACAGGCACAGUGUACGACACAGUAAAGGCACGCCUUGUCUUUACCAGUCUAAUCAGCUCCGGAAUCGCAUAUCAUAUUUCUUGCUUUCAUUUGUUAUAAAAAAAUCUUUGGUCGCUGGAUAUCGCUAGAAGUUUCUACCGAACGCCAGCAUAACCUAUACCCAGUGUAGUGUUGGAAGCUUGAUAUUCCAAAAUACCCGGUUUUCUUUUCGUCUCGUGCUUAUUUCUUUCCCUUGCUUCGGCUACGAUAACCCCGGCCCACCACAACGACACGUUGGAUUGUGUGCCUCUCUAUACAGGAAGACAAGAAAGUUGGUUUCCAGCCUCUCGAGAUAAGGGACAGUGUGUGAUGUUAUAACGACUCAUUUUGUUAUGAUGAUGACGAACGAUUGUCUUUACCGCUAUGACCCAAAUCUGACUCAUCCGUUUACAUACAUGUUUUUUUACUACUAUAGAUAGAAGGAUAUUAUUACGUUAACAUCGAGUUGACUGACUUUCUUGCGAAGCUGGCAGGCAAUGGCAUUUCCGUAGACGAGGCAUUUGCACCCGUCUCGUUUUGUUUUUGUUUGGACAUCAGAAUUAGAUUAUGGACGAUAGUGUGAAUAGAUAAGAUACCUUUGCGUUUCAAAUCCGGGGAAUUAGGUGUUAGUUAUUGUGAUAAAGCUAAACGGAAACAAUUUAUCCAAAGGGCCUUGCAUGGUCGCAAGGCCGAUGGGUGGCUUUAAAUUGUAGAUGACUGCCGCAACAAAGGCAGAUAGAUAUACAUAGACAGGAGUAUUAAAUGUCGUUGAUAUCGCUAACUUCAAUUGAUUUACAUGUAGCCAUUUUUGGUAUCAAUAUGAUAUUACAUUACCAUACGCCAAAACUUCUAUAUCCCACUUUCAGCCCAGGGGUAUAAUUACAUCAAACCACACAGCGCUUCACUUGGCCAAGCCAUCAGAGCUUUGAUGAUCCUGCCACAUCAUUUAUCAUCAACUUCUCCAGGCCGCUUCGAAUCCUUCCAUCCAUUCCUUUCCUAGACGCUCUACCUCCACCUCCGCCCCCGGUCUUCACUUCAGGCUCCUUCUCAACAAACACGUGCGUAAAUCCACCGACAGCUUUAACAGUCUCUUCCCCGCGGCGGAAAAUGCCAACUUCAUACAUCGCGCUUGAACUGCCAAGUUUGAUAACGCGCAGGCCUAGGUCUAGGACAUCUGGAAACGAAACGGAAGCAAAAUA